CGGUAGGUAACCCAACUCAACAAAACAAAUGUCCGAUUCGUGCGCCCAUUUCGUAAGUUCUUCAAACGAUAAUUUUAAUCAACGCCCUUAAAAGUAUUAUGUUCUAAUAUAUCAGGGCCUACGUUGAUUGCUUUACAUAUAGUUUAAAAAUGUCACACGAUUUCUAGUUGAUAUAUUUUUUAAAGAUUUCUAUGGUUUUUUAGCAACUAAUAGACCAGUAGGCGAGAGGAAUCAAGUUUCAUCUUAUAUUCAAAGUGUUUUCUUAUGUGUAAACUUUUUUAAAAUUAUAAAACACACAACCUAAACUACUCAUACUACAAUUAUGCCUUUCUGAAGAUGACAGGAAAUGAGGUAUACCUUUCGCCAUGAUCUCAGUGUUAUGAUUGUUUUUAUCUUCGAUGUGGAACUCGUUCCUUGACGAUCGAGUUACGAAUGAUCACUCUGAGCGAGGUGUGCAAUGGUGAUAGCAAAGAUAAAGAGCGCUAAGGGGGCACAAAUGAGUAAAACAAUAAAAAAUAUGGAGUAUAACUGGAUGAGAGGAGCAAUAAAUCCAGAUCCCCCUAAUAAUCAAGAAGCGGGAGUUCCUAAGGCAGUCUUCAUACCUCACUCCAAUUCUCUGCCAUUUGAGGAACGACAUGUCACAUUGGAGCAUCCAGUGAAGAUCGGCAGAAAUGUGUACCGUGCGACACCAUCGCCAACGAAUACCAUAUUCGAAUGCAGGGUCCUCUCCAGGCACCAUGCGACGCUGUACUACGACAAGGGACAUUUUUAUCUAUUGGACAAUGAGAGCAGCAACGGGACGUUCGUGAACAAUAACCGUUGCACGCUCACUAACACUGAGCCGCACGAGGUGUUCUCUGGGGACGUGGUGCAGUUCGGGAUACCUGUGGUCGAGAACACAGCCAACUCUGAGAAGAACCCGUUCCCACCGGUGAUAGCUCUGUUGAAACUGUACCACCCCGAUGGCAGUGAAGCCCAGCUGUCCUUCAACCCGUCGAUGACGACACCGCUCCAUCUGAAGGAACUGUACCAGCUGAACAACUUCGUUCAGGAGGCGAUACAACGCGAAGCUUCCUUAGAGACACGCCUGCGGACGUUAAGGGAAUGCGUUGAAAGGACGAGAUCCGAAGCGGCGGCCUCGUGGGAGCUGUUCGUGGGGGAGCAGCGGCUCCUAAUGAGGGUCCACACUCUGGAAGCAAUGCUGGCAGCUGGGAAACAUCCUGACGAAGUACAGGUCGCCCAGCUGCUCAGCGACAAGAGGAACUACCAGGAAGUGGCCCAGGAGAGUCUCCGUAUGGCGCACGAACAACGUCUGUCGCUAGAGGAAUCGCUGGAGCGUCGCAGUAGGGAGGCGGCGGCGCUGCAUCAUCAGAACUACGCCUUACAUUUGGCCGCCACCAACGCUAUGCAAGAAUUGCAAAAAUUGGCUGCGCGCUGUGAGCGUAAGAUGUGCGCGGCGAGGCUCGCGGUAACCGCGGCCGAGGAGAGGGAACAGGCGCUGAGAAAACAUCUUCCACUAGCGUAUUCGGUACAAAACGGCGAGGCGAAAAUGUUAGUAGUGAGUACAGACAGCAACAAACUGCAAGAAGCCAAACGAACCGGCUCCUUGGAGGAAGCGGUCCGCGCCCUGCCCGACUACAUCAAACUGUUGUUGCCACAGAAUCUGCUUAAUAAGGUUGGCAUCAAAGCUGUGUCGGCCGAAGGGAAGUCAGCCAAGGAGUUUGAAUUAAUAUUGAAGAAGAACAACUUGCAUAAUUCCGAAGGCAGAGAAAAACAAGAGAAGGAGGAAGGCGGUGUCGGCGGCAGCGGGGAGAAGUCCUCCGAGGCUGAUCUGUGUACAGACGACGAGAAACAUUCGAGACUCAACCACGAUGGUGGGAAUGAGGAAUCUUUGAGUCCCUUGGACGGUGAACUACGUCCCGAUAAUAAUGCCAAUUCGACCUACAACGACGCUGAUGUCAAAGAAGACUCGCCGAGCAAAGCCGGCGUGGAGUACGCGAACAUCCUGCGCGUGAUGGCCGGCCUGAAUGAGGAGAUAAAAGUGUUGCGGGAGAGGGUGAGCGUCGCCGCGGCAGAGAACGAGGCUCUCAGGACGGUGAGGGACGAGCUGCUGGCCGCCAGGGACGAGCCGCGAGAAGAGGACAGCGAACACGACGCGGCCGCCUACAAGGCCAGGAUCUCUGAGUUACAGGAGCAACUGACUCGGUCCACGGCUACAGAGGAGGCGAAUCUCGCUAAGAUCCAGCGACUGACGACGAAUGCGGCCGAGAUGCAAGCCGAGCUCGCCUUCAGACCCACCAGAGACGACAUCGACGACCUCACCACCAUGGUCGGGAAGCUGAGGGCGGAGGUGCUGGAGAGAGACGACGUCAUCCAGCGACUGCAGGCGCAGCUCAGGGAGAGGGCGGACACCGUGGACCGCGCCGUGGAGACGUCGAGGUCAUUAGAGAACAUCAAAGAAGCCGCCGACGACAUCGACACGAAACAGAUAUCGGCCGACAUAGACGAGAUGUUCCGCCUGGACUACGACGACGACGAGAGCGACUCCGCCGCCACCGAGAUCAACAGGGACGAGGAGCUGAGCGCCGGCGAGUACGUGAAGCUGGACGACGACGAGCGGCUCAGGGUCACCAUGAGGAACGGGUCACUGCACGCUUUGGAGGAGGAGCUGGUGCGGGCCAAGGAGCGCUGGGCGGAGGUCUGCGCCGAGAGGGCGAGGCUGGCGGCCCAGCUCGCCUCCGCACAGAAACCACUGAGGUUCGACAUCGGCCACGCGCUGGCCCUGGCGCUGCCUCUGAUGCUGGCCUGCCUGUACUAUAUGCUGCUGCCCUACCUGUCCUGAUUGACGGCCACCUGGGACCCGCCCGGAUACCGAUAGCGACGUGCGUCAGAGGAACUUUGCUCACUAUAUUUUUUUGACCGGGUCCUGAUCGCGCCAGUGACGAUCCGUUCCACCUCCGCCACGUCAGCAUCACAGCUCUUCACAGCUACAGUAUAUCGCGAAUGGCCGGUGUGGUUUUAGAGUAAUUUUAGGUUUUAUUGAAAUAGUUGUUUCGUUCGCUGGCGGCCUCCGUCGGGGUCGUCGGAGGUCGUGGGGCGUCGCGGAGGCAGUCUGAUAUUGCGCUUGCAUCGGGAGUGCCAUUGACUCGAGUGUGUUGCGUCUUGUGAGAUACUGAGUUGUUUCUUUGUAAUGUCGGUAUCCUAUUGAUAGAUAUAAUGAAUUUGUUGUUGAUAUCUGCCAUAAUAAUAUACUGUACAUUUUUAUGUUUAAGGCCUAACGACUGUCUCGAGCUGUAAAAUUCAUUUGUAUGUGCUAUUUGAAACAAUUUAAAUUUAAUUAACCUGUCGUACAAAUGUUCGGUUAUAUAUAAAUAAAUGAUUUUGGAAUUCGUUGGAAAUUUUUGGAUAUUGAUAUAUUCGGAUGUGUUCAUCGUUACAUGAAUUUGGUAUGUGGUCUGUAGCGAGCGGUAUUUUUGGUCUACAGAGAGCGUUUUGUUGGUCUAAGCGAGCGAUUUUUUUUUUGGACUACACGUUACUAACUAUCAUCGAGCUAAACAUAUCAGUCUGUGUGGAGCAGGAGUCUCGUUUGUCGCGAGGCGGACGAGGCCAUGAUUAUUUUGCAUUUUUCUAGUCUUAGUAACGUUUCUUUUCGCUGUUUUUCUGUUACACUCGUCGAUGAUAUUGCUUCGAUCUGUUCAAAAGAACCGAGUCCACACGGACUUGUGGAUCACGAGUGUCUGACAUGGCUAUUAUAUAUAGGACGGUAGUCUCAUAGAUUUUGAUACUACGAAUAGACGCGGAGUAUUUGUUGAGCGGACGGACUCGCUUGCACGUUAGCGUUUUGAGUUUUGCCGUUUCUUGUUUUAGUUUGAUUAGUCGUUUUGUAAAUUGUUUUAGAUGUUAAAGUCUGGUCACAAAAACGCUUCGGUCCCCCGUGAUGUUCCGACACGUAGCGUUUGCGCAAACUAUAAACACCGCGACAUAUCUCCUCAAGCUUUGUUAUGCGAUGUUCAGACGGACCCGUGCUGUGGAGCACAGCCUCGGUCCGCGGAGCCAGCCUCGCUGUGAUGAAGGCCAAUAGGAAAUUAUGUAACAGAAGUGUAUUACUAACAAUUUAAUUAUAUCCUUAGAUUAUCUUUAACUUAACCACGUUGAAUCACUGUCUUAAAGUAUAUUUAUUUUUUAUUGUUGCACUGAUUAUUAUUAUUAUUUUUUUUUUUUUGUUACGUUGAAUGUUUUAUUUUGCGUUCAGACCACCUUAUUGUAAAUAGUUUGUACUCCUUAUGUUUAGUUUCUCGAUGUCGAAGAAUUUAUGUUGUAUUUUAUGGAGGAGGAGAACAUUCGAUGUGGAUGUACUGAUAAAUUUAUUGGAAAUAA